CCAUUGCAGAUGUAAUGAUCGACCCAUCCAUCAACAUAGCUCAAUGCCUUGGGACUCAACCGAUAUGAUAUACUACGGUAUUAACCAAAAUCUAAAACAGUAAGCCUGAUGACUUAUGUUCAUGUAGUAUUAAGUCUGAUGACUUGUUUGCCAAUAAAAGAAACUAGAAGGGCUUAGUCUCAAAUGGCCGAAGAGAUAAGGUUUCCUAUCGUCAUCCUCAAUGCAUCUGGAAUCAAUCGAUUUGUUCGGUAUGCACAUAUAGCACCGGCACCGCCGCUGCGUACCAGUGUAACCGGGAGAAGGAGAGACCGGGGGUGGGCGGGUGGCGCCAGAGGGCUUGCUCGUCCAACGCCGCGCGCCAGAGGGCUCUGCCUGGCGUCGCUGCGUCCUCGGCCGCUGCGUCGACGUUGCUGUAGUGUCGUGGGCUGGUCGUGCUACCGGUGCCGCCGCGGUGGAGAUCGCCGUUUUAGGCGCCGGCCAUUGGUUACACCGAGGACACGCCGCCUGUACUGGAGGGUAUGCCGCGCCGUGGUCGUGCUCCGCCUGAGGGAGGAGCGCCGCGUCGAAUGCUACAUCCGAGAGGUGGAGGACGCCGUCGUCGCCAAACGCCGAGAAGCAUGUCCAUUGAUUACUGCUGUGGACGGGAAUAUGGCUAAUCGAAUCGGCGGCAUUCUUCUCUUCUCCUGUGGCCAUUUCUCAGCGGAGAGCAAAAGUGCUGAUAACGUGUUAGAGAGAAUCGAGAGAGAGAGGAGCGAAUGGAAAACAGAUAUAUGAAUGAACAGUUAUUCUAUUGAUUGAAGAUUGGGGUAUUUAUACCCAGUUUACAAGGCGGUUACAAAAGGAGGCAGUUGCCAAAAGUGGCACCGACAUAGCAGUGAUUAAUAGUUAAUUAACCUAAUUAAUUAAUUCCUAACAAAAUGCAUGAUCAGGCCGCGGGAGAAGGAUUCUGGAUCACUCAAAAACCAGCCCACGGCAUCGGCAUAGGGAACCGGGAUCUUCCCAAGGUCAACUCUAGGAAUGAUUAGCGAUCGCCGUAUUAAAUGGGCGCUUAACCGACAAAUAUCGGAGGUUGAGCCCACAGCUUCAACUUUGAUUCUGCACUUAUGAAGCUCCUAUAAUUAAUUCACUGCUUAAGAAUAAGAUUAUUGCUAGUACGUGGAGCUGGAAAUGCAGCAGCUGACAGAUAUUUUUCGGCCGUGCUAGCUAUGGUGGGCAGAAGCCGGCCUGAACCCGUUUUCCCAUAAAACUCAAGGUAGAAAGGAUCAAAAUAAGAUGUACGUACAUGCUACUGAAACGAAGGAAUGGUACAUCAGGGUACAAGACAAGAUAGUUAAAAAAACGAAUUGAAUUUACGUUUGAUUUGCUCUAAAUACGGGAUCACAUGGUAGCCAUUUUUAUGUGUACAGUAUUUCUUAAAAAAAGAAGACGGAAAUCACCUUAAUCCUGCGGUAUCUCCCGACGCCGAUCACCUUAAUGGUCAUCUCAAUGCUGUGCUCGCACGAGACAAACGCCAAGAGAGGUCAGCUUUAUAAAACGGAUGUAAGCCUCUCUCUGCGCAUUGACUUGCUGGUUUGAAGCAUCGCAUUAGCAUAAAAUCUUUAAUCCAUUGCUCAUCUGUAAAAAAUGAAGAAAGGAAAAUGCAGAUUGUACAGAGAUAGUUCUUCGACUCUGAAGUCAACCAUUAUUUAAAAAUCUGAGAUCACCAAGCUGGUAACCAACAUUAGAGUCUUAGAGAUGAGUACCGCAGCUGUACUUUGUUACCACGACAUGUUCUGACAACUUGUUUUACUAUCUCCAUUACUGCAUUAGCUCUGCGUGUUCUUGAUCAAGUAUAAUCUCUGUGUCAGCUUGCACUGUACUUUCGGAAUGAUUUAGAAUUACCCUGCCUCGAGAAUCGAGCGUCCAAGUUGCUGCGCUAUAUCUUUCUCUCCAUCCUGAUCAAAUCUCGAGAUCAAACAGCUGUCUCAGACGUUCUUUGCUUGUUCAUGAGAGAAUGCCACGAGAUGGCAGCUCAGAAGCUUCCUAGUGCAGCAUCAGGAACAAGAUCCACUGCCCUUUCCAUUGCUUCCUGGAAGGAACUGCGAGUGCCACUGUGCAAUAUAUAUAAACCAAAAAAAGUAUUGAGCGAGCAGCACAACCAUAUUGCAUUCCAUCAACAUGUACAAUUUGUGUUACUGCGCUCGAGGAAAUCAAGAUCCCGAAAAGAAGCUCACAUCCAUCCCCAGAACAAGAUACAUCCGUGGCUAGCUUCUCCCAGAUCGGCCCACGCGCCUCGCGCUCGCGAUCUCGGCGAGCUAAUAAUUGCGCAAUCGGCAGUAUGAUACACUUAUUUUUGCCAGGACUGAGCUAGCCAAACAUAUAGGCCAUGCCCCCUAUUAGCAACCAGUAAGAUUCGAAGCACAUGAUCAUGCAUGCAAUGCGACCAUGAAAUAUUUCCUUCUAAAUUCAAGUUCCUUUCAAUAAUUCAAGCUACCUCCAUUACGGCGUCCCCGUUCCGUUGCGCGCGGAACGGAAUGAUUAAGAAAGGGCCCUUGGGCACAUGGCGCCAAGCGAGCAUGACACAAACUUGCACCCUGCCUCAUGGUUUCCAGCUCGACGUGAGAGACAUCCAAGAGCCAAUUAAUAGGCCACAUGAGCAACUAACCACUUGAUUAUGAUCCCCCACUACUGAUAGCACAAUCUCCCAAGUAAAUCCUAUAAUUCCACGUUUGCAGCUCAAGCUACCUCUCAUCCAUCACAGGGCUAGCUUAGCUAGCUGCGUUUUUUUUUCUUUUUGCUGCUUUGUUUACUGGAUUUUAGGCAUGGCUCCCUCGGUCAUCUAUGCUGCUAUAACUUACUUUAGGUUUCUCUUUGAAAUGCCCCCUGCUGCUGCAUUGAGCCGCCCUCGAUUCUUGCCGAUCUGCCCCGAAAAGGGCGGCAAAUGGUCUGUUCCCCCAUGAUUUUAACAGAAACCUCUGCUGCAAUCCUAUGGAAUGAGAAGCAUCCAUACCAUACUAUAUUUAUAUACAUACAUAUAUUUGAGAUAGAUAGCAUUUGGUUUCGUGUCACGACAUCCACACCACACUUGCUCUCCUUUAGAGGAAGAGCAUGUUGUUUACUUGGCCAGAGGUUCAUCGGAGAGCGGAUUGACAGCAAAUACAAUCACCAGGUUAGCCCCAAAAGCGCGGCGCGAGGAGAUAUUUUUCAUAUAUAUGUAUAUAUAUCCGGUCGAUUCGUGCACAGCUUGGGAGAGAGGGUAUAAGAAAGUAACAUGGAAAGCAAACAUAUCUUGCUUGACUAGGUUUCUGUGUUUCAGGUUUCCAAUGAACGGAAUUGUUGCCACCACCAGAGGCAAGCAAAUAUACACUUAGUUAAUCAGUUAAAAGAACUAAUUAGAGGUCAGUGCUGUAACACUGGCUAGUAUGCUUGGCACUGUGCUUGGUGGUGCACUACUACUAUAGUUGGCGACUCUUAAUUACUUGUAGCUUAUGCACACUCGCUGAUGAGUAGGAGUAGCUAGCUAGCUGCCCUUGAAUCCAUAUUGGCUCACUGAUGACAUAAGAAUCUUAACUGAAGCACCUAGCAGCAGCACUGGCUGCAGGCAGGUUCAUCAGCUGGCUACGAGAGUGAGUGAGUGUAGUACUGCCUGCACACCAGUCAGAGAGAGAGAGAGAGAGUGAGUGUGUGUGUGAGGGGAAAGGAGAAAGGACAGCACAUCUGGUGGAAAUCUGGUGGGCACUACGAAAAAGGCAAGGUUGCAGCUGCCAAAACACCAAGCCUGUGUAUGGUGGUGGCAAUGUGGCAGAGAGUAAGAUCCCAAGAACAAUAAAGGAGAGGCAGGUAGGCCAGUGUGUUUGCCUGCCUCCCUCUUCAUCUUGAGCAGCAGCCACACCACUGCUUUACAGUUUACACUACUACACUACACUACCACCAGUAUGAAGCCACCUGCCACGAACCCAUCUUCAGAGCUGUACUGCUGCA